AUGUCCGAACCACUCACCCUCCGGACCCGUACCGUCUACCGUGCCCUCCUCCGCGAACUUCCACGCCGGCACCUCUCCACCCCAUCCCCACUACACCAACGUCUCCGCCAGCUCUUCCGCGCAGAAACCACAGCCCCCUCAACCUCAUCACCAACACCAACACAAUCAGCACAAGCAGAACCAACAUUUACGCUCCCCUUCUCAACGCCAUCCACAACAGAAGAACGUGCUCUACGCAUCCAAGAAGCGGAGCAACUAGCCCAGUAUGCUCGCGCGCAACGCUCCUAUGCUGCGCUGCUGGAGCGGUAUAACCCUGGCAUGGACAUGGAUGAGGAGGAGAGGGUUAGAUUGACGGCUAGGAGGGUGGGCUUUGAUUUGCCGGUGGUGAAGGAGAUGCAGGAGGAGUAG